AAGAUUAACCAAUAAGCACAGGUUUCAGUUAAUUGUGUAGUGGACUACACGUUGACAUUAAUACUUAAAAUGCCACUCCACUUAUUGCUGCCACCAGAUUUUGAAGAAAAACUGUCAACAAUGCCUUAUAUUGACAGAUACACCAAUGAUAAAGAACAGAUUCAAUUCUCAAUUUUUAUUUACUUAUCAAAUUUUUAAUGUUUCAGUUUACAGCAGACACAAGCCUUAUUUUCAAAGAUGUGUUUAAUUUUGAAUGUCUAAAAGAAAGCUCGCCCCUCCCCCCACCACUGCUAUUCUCAUUACAGAUCAAUUUGCUUAGAUGAAGGAAAUGUGAAGUCUAAAUGUUUAAUUUUUAUUGAAAAUGUGAAAAAGUUCAUUUUGUUAUCUUCUGAGAAAAUUGGCUGUAGUACUUGCAUAGCAAAUAUAAUUACAUAUAAGUUUGCAAAUGUGUGUAUAUUGGAAGAAUUGAAAAAUGCUUUCGAAAAAUAAUUGCAUCUGAAACUUAAAUCAGCAUUAUAAUUAUAACUGUAUUAUUGGUGUUUGCAUUAGACUGAGGAUAUCAGCAAUAUAAAUGAAAUUUGUAGCAAUUUCCCUUGUCUUUGAAUUGUCCAGUUUUCUUCUCCCUCAUUCUACCUAUUAGUCUACCCCAUGUUUAUUGCUAUUUAUCUUUGUGGUACAGUCAGAUUUUUUUUGUAGCUCUUGUGCUUAAAAGGGGGAGGGGCUCUGCAUACCUAUGAAAAUGUAUUGCUAUAUGGCAAGAUAUUUAUUUAAAGGGAUAGAAAAUGCCAUAGCUUUUAUUUUUUGUUUUCUCUCUUUUAGUACAAACUGUGUGAAAAUAGUGGGCCUUUAAGGCUUCUUUACAUUGUGUUAAGAUGGAGGAAUCUCCUUCAAUAUCUUUUCUCCCACUUUUUAAAAAAUCUGGUUACAAACAUGACAAGCAAGUUUAAUAGUAUCUGACACACAGAAAGCAAAGUUUUAUGGGACAGGUAAAUGAAGAUUUACUAAAAUAAUCCUUUGUCUAUCUUUGUUAAAUGUUCUACAUGUUAAAAAACAGCACUUGUAAUGUUAACUGUUUUUGAAACACUAGAUAAUAAUUGUGCUAGGGGAUUUGCUUUAGCGUUAUUGAGUCUUAAGGUUCGUUUCCAGUUUGAGGCUCUCAUUUUCACAGGACGGCAGAUGUUUUGGAGAUUCAAAGAUGUCAGUGGAAUUUUAGCAGUUACUAUUUGAAGACAGGGUUAUUUUUUAUGUAUUGUAGGAAUAUUUUCUACAUCAUCUUCAUCCAUCCUACUCUUCAGAUAAAGUAAAUUCAGAAUUCGAAGGGGGAUACUUUUUUCCAAGUGCUUUCGGUUAUUUAACGAUCACAGUGGAAUGGACGGAUGAAAAUCUUGAAUGUAAUCACUGUGCUAAACUGUAAGCACGUUUCCCCCUCUUUUCUCUGAAUCUGUUUGCAGGCAGCAGUUCAAAUCAGCAAAUGCUCCUUUGAACUUGGUGCUUUUGUGUGUCCCUCGUCUUUCUGCUGGUCUCUUCCUUGGUGUUUUCACUCUUGUUUCGUUGUCUUCCAAUUUUCUUUAGAAGAGAAUUAUGAAGAAGUAUUUCAAGUCAUCCUGUAGUUACCCAUUUCAUUGCUCCUUUUAACUCCAAAGACCCUGCAUUGUGAUACUUGGGUAUUAAGUGAACCAAGGAGAGUGAGCCUCUUGCUUCCAUAGACCCUACUAACAUUGCUCCUUCUGACUCUGUAUUUUAAUGGGGAGAGGACUUAGGUUGUUUCUGUUUUCUGCUCCUUUCCUUUUGAGAUGUUGGUGAUGGUGGGAGUAAGGAGCUUGGGACAUCUUUCUUAGGAAUGUUAGCAUGUACUCGUUUACAUGAUUAAUUGAUAAGCCUGGGCUCAUGGCUAACACACAUCCCCCAACCCUUGCUGCCCCUGUAUCAGCUGGCUCCCACCUGCCCUCUGCAUGUAAAUAUGUGACUGCUAAAAAAAUUUAGCGGUUACAUGUUUACACAAAUACAGGUCCUCCCACCUUAGUGCUCUUUCUCAAAUGUUUGUCAUAGUAGUUUUCCUUAGUAGGAGGAGCAGAUGAGGGAAAAUAAAGUGACUUCAGUUCUAAUUCUGUUGGUGGGGACAUGUUAUAUGCAGGAACAACAGAGGCAGAGGUACAAUGUCCCACGACUAUAAGUGUUGAGAUAGUGAUGGACAGUUUGUUUUCUUUUUCAAGUGUCAUGGGGGGGAUCAUUCCUGUUCUUCCUUUGGCCACCUGAAUGUAGCCUGUCCCCCAUCAUGAAUAGUGGAAGGAAACUUUUAUUUGGAUAAUUGUCAUUUUUACUCAGCCGCUGCUACUCAUGUUGAUGGAAAUUUUAGUACGCUUGUGGGAUUAACCUGUAUUUCAUGAAGCAUACACUUCUGAGAUCAGUGCUGCUGUGCCUGAAGAUUGCCAGCAGGAUCCAACAGUGGGGAAAUAGCACUAAUGUUUUUGGACAUGGCUGCAGGCAUCCACUAAUCCUCUGUCACAUUUGAACCUGAGGUGAUUCAUGGCAGGGGACGUGGAAGGGUUUAGCUCCUCCAUCCAUGAUACCAGUGUCUCUGCUGGGUUCAGAGCACUGUAUGAGGAAGGAUUGCUUCUUGACGUCACGCUUGUCAUUGAAGACCACCAGUUUCAGGCCCAUAAAGCGCUGCUUGCCACCCAGAGUGAUUACUUCAGGAUUAUGUUCACAGCCGACAUGAGGGAGCGGGAUCAAGAUAAAAUACAUUUGAAAGGUCUGACUGCUACCGGCUUCAGCCAUGUCCUCCAGUUCAUGUACUAUGGAACCAUUGAACUGAGCAUGAACACUGUUCACGAGAUUCUGCAGGCUGCCAUGUAUGUUCAGCUUAUAGAGGUGGUGAAGUUCUGCUGCUCUUUCCUUUUAGCAAAAGUCUGCUUAGAAAACUGUGCAGAAAUUAUGAGACUCUUAGAUGAUUUUGGUGUAAACAUCGAUGGCGUCAGGGAAAAGUUGGAUUCCUUUUUGCUAGAGAAUUUCGUGCCACUCAUGUCCAGACCUGACUUCUUGUCCUAUCUGAGCUUUGAAAAGCUUAUGUCUUAUUUGGAUAAUGAUCAUCUGAGCAGGUUUCCAGAGAUAGAGCUGUACGAGGCUGUUCAGGCUUGGCUGCGGCAUGAUAGAAGACGCUGGAGACAUACCGACACCAUCAUUCAGAACAUCAGGUUUUGUUUGAUGACACCAUCCAGUGUUUUUGAGAAGGUAAAAACAUCAGAGUUUUAUCGAUACUCUCGGCAGCUGCGGCAUGAAGUUGACCAAGCCAUGAAUUAUUUUCAUAGUGUUCACCAACAGCCUUUGAUGGAAAUGAAAUCCAACCGUAUUCGUUCUGCCAAACCCCAGACUGCAGUAUUUAGAGGAAUGAUAGGACACAGCAUGGUAAAUAGCAAAAUUCUUCUUCUGCACAAACCAAGGGUCUGGUGGGAGCUAGAGGGCCCUCAAGUACCUUUACGACCAGACUGUCUUGCCAUUGUCAAUAAUUUUGUAUUCUUGUUAGGUGGGGAAGAACUGGGGCCAGAUGGUGAGUUUCAUGCUUCCUCCAAAGUAUUUAGAUAUGAUCCUAGACAAAACACUUGGUUGCGAAUGGCAGACAUGUCUGUUCCACGUUCCGAGUUUGCUGUUGGUGUUAUUGGGAGGUACAUCUAUGCUGUGGCUGGGAGAACAAGGGAUGAAACAUUUUACUCAACUGAACGGUACGAUAUCACUGAAGACAAGUGGGAAUUUGUGGAUCCUUAUCCUGUAAAUAAAUAUGGACAUGAAGGAACUGUGCUCAGUAACAAGUUGUAUAUCACUGGUGGAAUUACUUCAUCUUCCACUUCUAAGCAAGUGUGUGUGUUUGACCCCAGUAAAGAAGGGACGGUGGAACAGCGAACAAGGAGAACACAAGUGGUUACUAACUGUUGGGAGAACAAAUGCAAAAUGAAUUAUGCAAGAUGCUUUCACAAAAUGAUUUCCUAUAAUGGUAAACUUUAUGUUUUUGGUGGUGUUUGUGUGAUCUUGAGGGCCUCCUUUGAGUCUCAAGGAUGUCCUUCUACAGAGGUUUAUGACCCAGAUGCUGAUCAGUGGACUAUUCUAGCUUCUAUGCCUAUUGGAAGAAGUGGUCAUGGUGUAGCUGUUUUGGACAAACAGAUAAUGGUUCUUGGAGGCCUUUGUUACAAUGGUCAUUACAGUGAUUCAAUUCUCACCUUUGAUCCAGAGGAAAACAAAUGGAAAGAAGAUGAAUACCCAAGAAUGCCCUGCAAGUUGGAUGGUUUACAAGUUUGCAGCCUGCACUUUCCUGAGUAUGUACUGGAGCAUGUUAGACGUUGCAACUAAAAAAGCACCAUUCAACCCCAUGAAACACACAAAGUUAUCUCUAAUUUGACAAGAAAACAAAGCAGAGUUAAAUAAUUUAAAGACAUUGGUUUGUGUGUAAAACAGCUAUUAAAUGCAUAGAGAAAUGGGAUGUACAGGGAAUGCACCUACUACGUUAAUUAGAAAUGCCAAAUCUGUGGUCUGGUAUUGUAAAGGUUGUGUUUUGUUUUUGUUUUUUUAAUAAACAAACAUAAUUGCUAUAAUGGUAGGGGGAGAAAAAUAUUUUUCAGCGUUUACUUUUUUUCCUUUGUGGCCUUUUAUGUUCAUGCAAUAAGUUUAUUCUGUGACCAUAACAGCAGCAUCUUUCUUCGAACCAGUUGAAUAUGAUGGAGAGAAGGGAGACAGAAGAAUAAAUAUUUUGCAUUUUAAUUUUCAUUAAGUGUCAGGAAAGGAUUCAGCAGCCUUACUGGGAGAAUACCUGAUUUAAACUCAAGUGCAAGGGUUUCAUUUUGUUCCUUUAAGCUGUGUUAGAUAUUUUUAUUUUCUCCAUUUAUCAGUACUUACAGUCCACUUUGUUUUUUCCCCGUACAUACAUUUUAAAAUUAUCUUGAUCUUUGUGCAUGGCUUUUCCCUGGAUUUGUACAAUAAUAUCAGUAAGUCUGCCAAAAAUGCAAGUUAUACAUUUUCUAUUAAAUUGACAAUGAAGCAUUUUUAUACUCAAACACUUGUUUCUAUGCUGCCUUCUAUUGUCUGCAUUGUGUUUGGUGAGUAAAAUAUAUACACAACACUGUAAGAUCUAUAUAAUGCAUCUUUUUAUGUGCAAUUAGGAUAUAUUUUUAACUUGGGCACAGAUUCAGCCAUAUCUGUUGAAUUUUAGAUAUAGUAGCAUCCUUUCUUGAAUUAAAUAAUACAAAAUUCUUAAGUAACUGGAGGCCUAGUUUGGUAUCAAGCCUAUCUUUGGUAUACACUGAUUCAUUCAGUAAUAUUUGAAGUGUUUAUAUUAAAACAUAACUGUUAACAGUUUGACAUUUUUAUAUAUUAUUUUAAAAAAGUAACUACAGCUUACCCAGUUACAAUCCUUCACUUUGAAUAUGUUGCCUUGUUUUUAAUAAAAAUCAGAAAUGUCAGUAAGCAAGCAUGAACACUGCAGGAACAUGCGGCUUUUUUGUCAGACCUGGAUAUACUAUUAUUUAAUAAUGGCAUCGCUUGUAGUUGUGUUGAAGUGAUGUAAUCUAAUAAUUUUUAAAGCAUCAACUAAUAGGAACUGCUGUCUUCUGAAAAUGUGGGGUUAGGCAGUUGGGGACAAUGUUUACCAUUUCUGUAACCUUUAAAAUACAAACCUACAAAACUAUAGCUACUGACCUCAUACUUCCUGAAAUAAGACCUGUGAUCCAAGAGGGCUUGAAUAACUGCACCAUGUUUGAGCACUUUGUUAACUUGUUGACUUUUACUGACUGUAGAUUGGUGAGACUAUUCCUCAAGAUAGAUAUAAUUAUAAAAAUAAAGCAUUAAAAUCCUAGUUUUUUCACACUAGUGUGACAUUAGCCUCUAAUGCAGUCAAGAGGAAAAACAUUGUCCCUCUAAAAUUCGAGGCUAAUGCUGAGCUCAAAUACGCAGGGACAAACUGCUGAGAAAAACUGUAAAAUCUGCAUAGCUUGUAAAAUCAUCUGCUUACAUGAAACUCUGCAGCAUUAGAUUUUUACAAGAUACAUAGUAAUGGCUGAGAAUCCAUUUCUCUUUCAGCACCUCCCAACCAGAAGUCACUGUAGAAAAGGAAUGUACAGUACUCAGGGAGUUCAAAAGAAUGCACUUAUAAGGGACCAAAUACACCCUAAAUUUGCUGUGAUAACUGGUAAGAAGUUUGUUUGGCUAAACAAAAUUAGAAAUGAAUAACAAAUAUUAAAAUGUUUUGUGAAAUGCACCAUGCUCACAUUUAAUGGUAUCUUUUUUGUCUUUUAGUAGUGUUCUUUCAAGUUCUGGAUUAAGAGAAAUGGGAGGACAUGGAAUUAUAUUGCAGUUUUUUUAAUUAGCAAUAAUUUAGCAAAGUAGAUUUGAUUAUUGUAAGAUUUGAUGAGAUGAAAACAUUUACACCACGGUAGCUGGAAUGAAGAAGCAUGUUUAAGCCAGAACAUUCAGUCUUCUGGUGUUCACCACAGCUUGUAGCUAAAUGUAAUUCUUUGCUUAUUAUUUCCCUAUAUUCUCAAUUUACAAGAAUAAAAUUUAAUUUUCUUCAUUCGUAACCUGAAUGACACCUUUUUUGGGCUAAAUCAUGGCCUUGUAUGUAGAUGGAUUCCUGCAGCCAUGUGGGCACCCUUGGCCUUAGUGGGCCCUGCGCAGGUGCAUACUUCUGUGUGUGUAUAUUUCAUUGCAGAAUCAGAAUUCAAGACAAGUUAUCUUACUUUACACCUGUUUUGCUCUCUUUGUUAAUAGCCUAUUUUUGGUAUGUUAUGUAAAAGGGGCAACAAAGAGUAGUAGUCCUGCUGUCUAGGUAGGCUUGUACAAGCCUAUUGUGAAUAAUAGUGAGCAUUUAGGGAUGAGCUAGGGGAACUAUUGUUGAUCUGAAAACUUGGUCUUCCAUGAUUUAAGUAUAAUGGGAUAAAGAGAUUUUACAAAAAUGGGUGCCUAAAGUUAUUUUCCUAAUUCUGUACUUCAGCACCUAUUUUUAAGUGCUGAGCACCCAGCAGCUAUCAGAAAAGACAAAGGGAAUGUGGGAUGCUUGGUCUUAUUGAAAACAAGGCUAGUUAAGGUUUCUGUGCCUCUUAGCCCUUUUAGGUACCCAGUUUUCAAAAUCUUGUUUAAGGCCUGUAAUACUAGUCAUUUUGUGAAAUUUGAACUUGAACUAACUGUUGGUUUCAGCUUCAGCUGAUAUGUUGGCUGUAACCAUUUAAACAUUGAGAAUGAUUUGCAUUUGCCUGGUUUAGAAUGUAUAGGAGGCUGGGAAUGUUUUGUAAUUUACAUUUUCUAUCAUGCUCAUUAUCUCAAUCAACAAAUAUUCAACUAAUCCACUUUAUCUUGCAUUUUUUAUAUAGCUCAGAGGAUUGUUUUCUUUUUCAUUAAAUCAUUUUGUGUGCAUUUGCCUUUAGUACCUAUGCUUCCAAUAAUUAGUCAGUUUAAACAAACAAAACAAUUAAUGCUAGCUAAUCAGACUUGCAUAUCACCAUUGAGAUCUCUUGAAUAUGAUUGACGUUUGUUCUAGGGGUUUUUUACCAGUUCAGUGCGCCUCUAGUUUAGUGUUUCUUAAACUGUGGUCCACGGCACACCAAUGUGCCACAAUGCAGUCAGAGGUGUGCUGCGGAGAACAUAAUUCAAAAUGGCUGCCCUUAAAGGGGCAGGCAACUUUUUUUCUCAAUAACUUCCCUCCUGACCCUUCCCUCUCCCAUCUCCCACCUUUUUUUUUCCCCUCAACAAAAAAAUCCUUGGUGUUCCUCAUUAAUACAAAAAUUGUUUGGUGUUCCUUGGUCUUAAAAAGUUUAAGAAACACUGCUCUAGUUAAUGAGGAAGAAGGUAAACCUAGCCCUUUACAGUAAAUUUGCUCAUUUGUAUUCCCCGUUACUUUUCUUUACUUUUUUAAACUUGACACAUAAUCUGGUUUUAAACAGCAACAGUACUUACAUUGUAAAAAAGGACAGACAUACUUAGUCUAAUCUCUUUUUCUCAAUUUUAAACAAGUUUGAUGUUGGAUUAUCUGGCUCUCUCAACUUUCUUCCUGGUUCAAGGAGGAAUGCUAUUCCCUUAUUAGGGGCCAGAACCUGUAAGGUGUACUGUCCACUUCAUGAAACAUGCUGAGCAUCAUGAGUUCUCAUUAGGAGCCCAACGUGUUCAAUACCUUACCAAUUCAGGCUCAUUUGAAAAGCAUUCAGCUCCCAUUUAAAUACCAAAGUAAUUGGCCAGAUUUUCAAAAUUAAGCUAUUAGCACUAGUUGCUCUGACCACUUUUGAAAGUCUGGCUAUAUAGAUUCAGCUGGAGGGAAGCAAUUACUGAUAUUGCAAAAAGAGUCUGCCAUUAUUUAAAACUCACUGACAGACCUGUGGUAAUCCACUUUCAUAUGCUUAAUACCACUGGAACAUUCAGAAUCCCUGCUUUUCGCCACUAUAUAGAAGUCAAUAAUUCUUAAUCCUCAUGUUUGUUACUUUAACUUGUGGGGUAUGUCCACGCAGGAAUAAAAGCUAAUGCAGAUCAGCUGACUUGGACUCAGGCUGUGGGGCUAAACAUUGUUGUGUAGACUUCUGGGUUCAGGAUGAAGCCUGAGGUCUAGGACCUUCCAUUCUACACAGCAUUUUUUUCAGUCCUAGAACCUAAGCCCCAUAAGUCCAAGUCAAGUGACCUGAGCCAGCUAUGAGGUGUUUUUUUUAAAUCCUUGACCAGAGAUACCCUUUAGGCCCUGAAGCUUGCGGUCCUGUUUUGCUCUUGGGACCUUCUUUCUACAGCAGCAAAUGCUGCCUUUUUACUAAUAACAUAAUCAUCAACAUCAGAGGUGGAGCUUCAUCUUACACUUGGGAAGCAAAGGAUAAAAUUAAAUUAGGUUAAAAAACAAUAUUUACCAUGCUGAUCCUUUAACUCAACAUGACCUUUUCUCCACAAAAUUAAAGUUAGGUUGAGAAUCUGAUACUAGCUGCUUUUUCUAAAACACAAAGCUCUGCACCUCAUAUCUUUUGUUUCAUAAAGGACUAGCUGAAGAGAAAUCAAACAUUUUUAAAAUUGGGAUGUUAUUUACAGGAAUGUUUUGUCUUUACUGAAAUUUUUUCUUGACAAAGAAAGUAUGAAUUGGGCUCCAGUUCUUCAGAAAUAGGCAUCUUUUUAGCUUUACAUAGAUGAGUAGUCCAUUGAAAUAAAAUGGAAAGCUAUGCCAACUGUUUAAAAGUAAGUCUAUUUACAUGUACAGUUAAGUGUAUGCCAAAAUCUUGGCAAGGAUUGGGGCCUUAUAGAAAACUUGCUUUGCCUCCACCUCUUUCUAAUGUAGUACUUUGUGAAGUUAUUAUAAGCAUGUUUUGUCACUCACUCAAGUAGUGUGGAAAGACUAAAGAGGGAAACACAAAAGAAAAAUGUCAGCUCUUUAAAACAUGUUUUAUAACCAACAGUUUGAGAUUUUAAUGUUUGUAAGACAAUCUGAAAAUGUUUAAAAUAAACCCUGCUUUUGUUAUGGCCUCUGUAUUUUAUUUUUCUUGGGUUGCUAAGUAAUCUAUAGUUUCAACAUAUGUAAAAUGUUAAAACAGAGUACAUACUGUGUUUUGAAGUAAAACUAAAGAAAUGAUGUUGAUGGCAUCUGUAAUCUUGGCAAAAUAUACUACUGUUACGUGGGUGGCAGAAAUGUAGACUGCUGAGCACAACUUCCCUGUAAUUUCCCUCUUCCCAAAUUUAAGGUCACAUUUCCAUGCUUUUAAAAAAGUUUUAAAGAUCAAAUUAAAAAUAUUUAUUGAAUUGGUAGCUGGGGGAAAACCACUUUCUACUUGCAAGUGAUAUUCCUGAUAUAGAGAGAAAGAGACUGGUGUAAGCAUAAAAAAUGAAAGUUACAUAGAACUGCAAUGUUACCUAUACUUUACAUGAAGGUUUUAUUUCCUCAGUGAACCCACCUAACCAGCAUUUAUUGUAGGUUAUAGGAAUAAAUUGAGGUAAUAGUAAACUUCCCAAUCUGAUCUCUUUUCCUAUGUAUUUUGCAGAGCUUUAAAAAAUGAAUUCUCAUAGGUUGAAGAAUGUAAUUCUGCUGUAGUCCCAUUACUUUCCAGUCCUGUAUGAGAUGGCCGUGUUUUGAAAAUGUUUCCAAUAAGUUGAUGGGAAAAGUUAUUUUCUAGUUGUUCUGUGUGUGCUGUAGCAAUUGGAAGUAUUCUACCUAUUAAAAAUAGUUUAAUGUACAUUAUUGGUUAAUUGUCUAAUAUCCAACCCAAAGCUGCUAUAAAAUUCUUAGAAUAAUUUAAGGUUUGCCUUUUAUAACUAUUUAAAAAAGCUUUUGGUUUUUGACAGAAGGUAACUUUUCCUAGCUAUGGAUACAAUAUGUUCAGACAUGCAUAUGUGCCCUGUUCUGUUUUUAAACUGAAAAAAUGUACAAAGUGUGUAUAAGAAAAGUGUAAAUAAAAUAUUUUUAACCUUUAAA